AUGGAGGAUCGGAUUGCCGAGGCGGCGGCCGGGCAUAUCGUUGCGGGGGUGAAGCAGAGCUUUAAGCAGGCGGCCGAGAAUGCGGGGACUGGGGAGGGGGGUGGAGGGUUGGGGGGUUUCUUGAGUAGUGUGGCGGGCAAUAUUUUUAACUCUGCUAGGCAGGAGAGGGAGAGGGAGAGGAGUGAGCAGCAGGAGGAGACGCCUAGCUAUGGGGGUGGUGGGUAUAGGAGACAGGAGGAGGAGGAGACGCCUAGCUACGGCGGCGGCGGUGGUUAUGGUGAGGCUGCCAGCUACGGCCGUCGUGAGGAGGAAAGCUCCGGUUAUGGCGGUGGCUAUGGUCGUCGUGAGGAGGAGAGCUCUGGAUACGGCGGUGGCUACGGUCGUCGUGAGGAGGAGAGCUCUGGAUACGGCGGUGGCUACGGCCGUCGUGAGGAGGAGAGCUCUGGAUACGGCGGUGGCUACGAUCGUCGUGAGGAGGAGAGCUCUGGAUACGGCGGUGGCUAUGGUCGUCGUGAGGAGGAGAGUUCAGGUUAUGGCGGCGGCUAUGGCCGUCGUGAAGAGGAAAGCUCUGGUGGCUAUGGCGGUGGCGAAGCUGCUAGCUACGGUCGUGGUGACUAUGGCGGCUACGUGGUUACGGUCGCCGGAGAGAUGACGAGGAGGAGGAUGAGGGACGUCGCCGGUGGUAAACACUGGGCGGGUUUGUCUCGGGCAUUCUUGGCUGACAUGGUGGAAUCAGAAGAUGAGGCACUGGAUUUGUGA